GAGGUGGUCCUGCAGUGUUCAGCUACAGUCCUUAAGGAGCAGCAAAAACUCUGCCUGGCUGCUGAAGGAUUUGGAAACAGACUCUGCUUCCUGGAAUCCAUCUCCAACUCCAAGAAUGUCCCUCCAGAUCUGUCCAUCUGCACCUUUGUAUUGGAGCAGUCGCUUUCGGUGCGAGCUCUUCAGGAGAUGCUGGCCAACACGGAGCACAAAGCUGACGGGCAUGUAGAUGUGGAAAUAUGGACGGCGCAGGGUGGAGGUCACCGCACCUUACUGUAUGGCCACGCUGUCCUGCUGCGACACUCCUACAGCGGAAUGUACCUGUGCUGUCUGUCCACGUCCCGCUCGUCCACAGACAAACUGGCCUUUGACGUGGGUCUGCAGGAAGACACCACAGGCGAGGCGUGUUGGUGGACGAUCCAUCCUGCUUCUAAGCAGCGUUCAGAGGGAGAGAAGGUUCGAGUUGGAGAUGAUGUCAUCCUCGUCAGCGUUUCCUCUGAACGAUACCUGCACCUGUCCUAUGGUGAUGGGAGUCUCCAUGUGGAUGCAGCGUUUCAGCAGACUCUGUGGAGUGUGGCUCCCAUCUGUUCUGGAAGUGAAGCAGCACAAGGUUACCUUAUAGGAGGGGAUGUCCUGCGCCUCCUUCAUGGACACAUGGACGAGUGUUUGACUGUCCCAUCUGGGGGACAGGGGGAGGAACAGAGAAGGACACUGCACUACGAGGGUGGACCAGUGUCGAGCCAUGCCCGGUCUUUGUGGAGGGUGGAGACAUUGCGGGUCAUGUGGAGUGGCAGUCAUAUCCGCUGGGGUCAACCUUUCAGACUGAGACAUGUGACCACAGGAAAGUACCUGAGUCUGACCAAAGACAGGUCUCUGCUUCUGAUUGACAAAGAGAAGGCUGGCGUGAAGUCGACAGCCUUCUGCUUCAGAUCCUCCAAAGAAAAGCUGGACCAUGGUGUGAGGAAGGAGGUGGAUGGGAUGGGUGUCCCUGAUAUCAAGUACGGUGACUCUGUGUGUUACAUUCAGCAUGCCGACACGUGCCUGUGGCUCACGUACCAAACAGUUGAUGCUAAAUGUGCACGAAUGGGUGGAGUCCAGAGAAAGGCCAUCAUGCACCAUGAGGGUCACAUGGAUGACGGACUGACCCUGUCUCGGUCCCAGCACGAAGAGAGUCGCACUGCCAGAGUCAUCCGCAGUACUGUGUUAAUGUUCAAUCUCUUCAUCAGGGGGCUGGACUCACUAAAACAAAAGGGGAAGAGCUCAGCUCUGGAGCUGCCAAUUGAUUCAGUCAGCCUAAGUCUGCAGGACCUGAUUGGAUACUUCCAACCACCAGGAGAUCACCUAGACCAUGAAGACAAGCAGAACCGACUGAGGGCUCUAAAGAAUCGGCAGAACCUUUUCCAAGAGGAGGGGAUGAUCAGCAUCGUGUUAGAGUGUAUUGAUCGGCUUCACAUCUACAGCAGCGCUGCUCACUGCACCGAGUCAGCAGGACGGCAGGCAGGGAACACCUGGAGCACCAUCUUGAACUCUCUGUACCAGCUGCUGGCUGCACUGAUACGGGGGAACAGGAAAAACUGUGCCCAGUUUUCUGGAUCACUGGACUGGCUCAUUAGCAGAUUGGAGAGACUGGAGGCAUCUUCUGGGAUCCUAGAAGUGCUGCACUGUGUGCUGGUGGAGAGUCCUGAAGCACUAAACAUCAUCAAAGAGGGACACAUCAAGUCCAUCAUCUCUUUGCUGGACAAGCAUGGACGCAACCAUAAGGUUCUUGAUGUGUUGUGUUCACUGUGUGUGUGUAACGGUGUGGCAGUGCGCUCAAACCAGAACCUGAUCUGUGACAACCUGCUGCCUGGUAGAGAUCUGUUACUGCAAACCCGCCUGAUCAACCACGUCACCAGCAUGCGUCCCAACAUCUUCUUGGGCAUCAGUGAUGGCUCGGCCCAGUACAGGAAGUGGUACUAUGAACUAAUCGUGGACCAGGCGCUGCCAUUUGUCACAGCUGAAGCCUCGCACCUCAGGGUGGGCUGGGCCAACACGAGUGGCUACACCCCUUAUGCCAGCGGUGGAGAGGGGUGGGGAGGGAACGGGGUGGGUGAUGACCUCUACUCCUAUGGUUUUGAUGGACUCCAUCUUUGGUCAGGUUGCAGAGCACGAGCAGUUAACUCACCUAAUCAGCAGCUUCUGAAGGUUGAGGAUGUAGUGAGCUGCUGCCUGGACCUCAGUGUGCCCAGUAUCUCCUUCAGGAUUAAUGGCCAGCCGGUUCAGGGCAUGUUUGAGAACUUCAACUCCAAUGGUCUCUUCUUUCCGGUGGCCAGCUUCUCUGCCGGUGUCAGGAUUCGGUUCCUCCUUGGCGGUCGUCAUGGGGAGUUUAAGUUCCUGCCUCCUCCAGGAUAUGCUCCUUGCUAUGAGGCAGUGCUUCCAAGGGAGAAGCUGAAGCUGGAAGCCAGUCAGGACCAGACUGCAGCCCGAGAACUACUGGGACCCACGGUCACAUUGAGCCAAGCAGCAUUUACACCAACACCAGUGGACACCAGCCAGAUUGUGUUGCCACCACACUUGGAGAGGAUCAGGGAGAAGCUGGCGGAAAACAUCCACGAGCUGUGGGUGAUGAACAAGAUUGAGCUGGGCUGGACAUAUGGCUCAGUGCGAGAUGAUAAUAAACGACAGCAUCCAUGCCUGGUGGAGUUCUUCAGACUUCCUGAACAGGAGCGAAGCUACAACCUCCAAAUGUCUCUGGAGACUCUCAAAACUCUCCUGGCCUUGGGUUGCCAUGUUGGCCUCGCUGAUGAACAUGCUGUACAAAAGGUCAAGAGCAUGAAACUACCAGCAACUUAUGAGUUGUCCAGUGGUUAUAAACCUGCUCCUCUGGACCUGAACCACAUGAAGCUAACCUCCACGCAAGAGGCCAUGGUGGACAAACUGGCCGAGAACGCACACAACGUCUGGGCACGAGAUCGCAUCCGCCAGGGGUGGACCUACGGCAUCCAACAGGAUGUAAAGAAUCGCCGAAACCCUCGCCUUGUUCCGUACACCCUGCUGGAUGAGCGGACCAAAAAGUCGAACAAAGAUAGUCUGAGAGAGGCUGUCCGAACUCUGCUGGGAUACGGCUACAACCUGGAAGCUCCAGACCAAGACCAUGCUCAGUCUGACCUCAGCAACAUGUCUGCUGAGAGGUUUCGCAUUUUCCGAGCAGAGAAAACCUACAGUGUUCAUGCUGGGAAGUGGUACUUCGAGCUGGAGGUCUUAACAGCAGGUGAGAUGAGGGUGGGCUGGGCCCGACCAGGAUGCCUGCCUGACCUGGAGCUUGGAUCUGAUGACCAGGCUUUUGUAUUUGAUGGCUUCAAGGUUCAGCGCUGGCAUCAGGGUAAUGAACACUUUGGGCGGGCGUGGCAGACUGGUGAUGUUGUGGGCUGCAUGGUGAACCUGAAUGAGCACACCAUGAUGUUCACGCUGAAUGGAGAAGUGCUGCUGGAUGAUUCAGGGUCGGAACUCGCCUUCAAGGACUUUGAAGUCAGUGAAGGAUUUAUUCCAGUGUGCAGUCUGGGGGUGUGUCAGGUGGGGAGGAUGAACUUUGGGAAAAACGUCAGCUCUCUGAAAUACUUCACCAUCUGCGGCCUCCAGGAAGGAUAUGAACCAUUUGCAGUGAACAUGAACCGGGACGUCACCAUGUGGCUCAGCAAGAGGCUGCCCCAGUUUGUACCCGUGCCACCCAGCCACCAGCACAUCGAGGUGACAAGGAUAGAUGGAACAGUGGAGUCGUGUCCAUGUCUAAAGGUCACUCAGAGAUCAUUUGGCUCACAGAAUAGCAACACUGACAUUUCCUUCUUCCGCCUAAGCAUGCCCAUAGAGUGCUCCGACUCCUUCUCCAGGCCCCCACAUAAUGGCAGCCUCUUCUCCCCCAAGAGGGAGCUGGAUGACUUUGAGACGGUAUCAGACUUUGAGGUUCUCAUAAAAUCGUCUCAUGGUCACAAUGGCCCUGGUGGGCUUGAGAGAGAUGAGUUCAACAACCACAAAGACUACAGCCAGGAGAAGCCCUCCAAGCUGAAACAACGUACUUUUUUAUGUAAAAGGUUCAUGUUGAAGAGAAACAAACCAGACAACAGCUGCCCCUCAUCUACUCACCUGUCAGAAGAGGUGAUGGCCCAUGACCAAGAUGACUACGAAUUCCUUAUGCAAGACUCCACCCAGCACUACUACUCAGUGCGGAUCUUUCCUGGUCAGGAGCCGAGCAGUGUUUGGGUGGGAUGGAUCACCUCUGACUUCCAUCAGUAUGACACAGGCUUCGAGCUCCACAAUGUCAGAACGGUCACCGUGACGCUGGGCGAUGAGAAGGGAAAGGUUCAUGAAAGCAUAAAGCGCAGUAACUGCUUCAUGGUGUGGGCUGGAGAGUGCAGUAGUCCCAGUCAGGGCAGGAACAACAACGGCUUGGAGAUCGGCUGUCUGGUUGACACUACAACUGGACUUCUGACCUUCACUGCCAAUGGCAGAGAACUCAGCACAUACUACCAGGUGGAGCCCAGUACGAAGUUGUUCCCUGCAGUCUUUGCCAAGGCAACCAGUCCGAACGUCUUCCAGUUUGAACUUGGACGUCUCAAGAAUGUGAUGCCUCUUUCGGCUGGACUGUUUAAGAGUGAGAGGAAGAACUCAGUUCCUCAGUGUCCUCCACGCCUGCAUGUCCAGUUUCUCACUCCUGUAUUAUGGAGUCGUGUUCCCAAUCACUUCCUCCAGGUGUCGGUGUCCAGGGUUAAUGACAGAUUUGGCUGGCUGGUCCAGUGUGAGGAGCCUCUGCAGUUCAUGUCUCUGCACAUACCUGAGGAGAACAGGUGUUUGGAUAUCCUGGAGCUGUCGGAGCAGAGUGAUUUAUUACAUUUCCACUACCACACCCUCAGACUCUACUCUGCAAUCUGUGCUUUAGGAAACAACCGCGUGGCACAUGCCCUCUGCUCCCACAUAGAUGAGGCGCAGCUCCUCCAGGCCAUCCAGAAUAAGUAUAUGCCAGGUUUGCUUCGUGCUGGUUACUACGACCUGCUAAUCGAUAUCCACCUGAGCAGCUACGCCACAGCUCGUCUCAUGAUGAACAGCGAGUUCAUUGUUCCUAUGACCGAUGAAACAAAGAGCAUCACGCUGUUUCCUGAUGAAAAGAAGAAGCAUGGCCUGCCUGGCAUUGGCCUCAGCACCUCCUUACAGCCUAGGAUGCACUUCUCAUCCCCCAACUUUGUGUCGUCAUCAUCCUGUAACAGUGGCUCAGGAUCAGGAGACUGUUUCCAAUAUAGCCCAGAGUUCCCACUGGACAUCCUGAAAAUAGAAGCCAUUUCAAUGCUAACUGAGGCCGUCCAUGAUGGAAGCAUGCAUGUCCGAGAUCCAGUAGGUGGCAGCACUGAGUUCCUGUUUGUGCCCCUCAUCAAGCUCCUCCACACUAUGCUCAUCAUGGGACUUUUUAGAAAUGGGGACUUGAAGAACAUCCUCCAACUGAUUGAACCUUCAGUUUUCUCUGAGGACUGUGAGGAGCAGGCGCAUGUGAAGACGGUGAAGAUGGUGGAGGCCGACGGUGGAGGGGCCGAUGGGGGAAGAAAGAUGCCAAGAGAAGGCCUGUUAGAGAUGAAACUACCAGAGCCAGUAAAACUCCAGAUGUGCCAUGUGCUGCAGUACCUGUGUGACUGCCAAGUCCGCCAUCGUAUUGAGGCUGUGGUGGCAUUCUCUGAUGACUUUGUGGCCUGUCUCCAAGACAACCAGCGGUUCCGCUACAAUGAGGUGAUGCUGGCACUGAACAUGUCAGCAGCUCUCACUGCCAAGAAGACCAAAGAGUUCAGAUCUCCCCCACAGGAACAGAUUAACAUGCUGCUCAACUUUAAGAAUGAGAAGCAGGAGUGUCCCUGUCCAGAUGACAUCCGAGAAGAGUUGCUGGAUUUCCACGAGGAUCUGAUGAGACAUUGUGGUAUCGAGUUAGACGAGGAGAGCGCAGCAGAUGCUGACAGUCACUUCACCAUCCGAGGUCGUCUGAUGUCACUGGUGGAGAAAGUAUCAUAUCUGAAGAAGAAGAUGGCCAACCAGCAACAGGAAAUGAAAGACAGGAGACCCAGCACAUUGCAACAGCUGAUUUCAGACACAAUGGUUCGCUGGGCUCAAGAGUCUGUUAUUGAUGAUCCUGAACUUGUCCGAGCUAUGUUUGUACUGCUUCAUCGACAGUAUGAUGGCAUUGGAGGACAGGUGCGUGCUCUCCCUAAGACUUACACCAUAAACUCAGUGUCCAUCGAGGACACCAUCAACCUGCUGGCGGCUCUGGGUCAGAUCCGGUCUCUGCUCAGUGUCCGCAUGGGGCGAGAGGAGGAGAAGCUGAUGAUCCGAGGAUUAGGUGACAUCAUGAACAACAAGGUGUUCUACCAGCAUCCUGACCUGAUGAGAGCUCUGGGGAUGCAUGAGACAGUCAUGGAAGUCAUGGUUAACGUGCUCAGUGGAGGACACUCAAAGGAAAUUACCUUUCCAAAAAUGGUGGCCAACUGCUGUCGAUUUCUCUGCUAUUUCUGUCGAAUCAGCCGUCAGAACCAAAAAGCCAUGUUUGAUCAUCUCAGCUAUCUGCUGGAAAACAGCAGCGUGGGCCUUGCCUCUCCGUCCAUGCGAGGCUCCACCCCCCUGGACGUGGCUGCAGCAUCAGUGAUGGAUAAUAACGAACUGGCUCUGGCUUUAAGAGAGCCCGACCUGGAGAAGGUGGUCCGUUACCUGGCUGGCUGUGGCCUCCAGAGCUGCAUGAUGCUUGUGAGCAAAGGAUACCCUGACAUUGGAUGGAACCCCGUGGAAGGUGAACGAUACCUGGACUUCCUACGGUUUGCUGUCUUCUGCAAUGGUGAAAGUGUAGAAGAGAAUGCCAACGUUGUGGUAAAGCUUUUGAUUCGCCGACCUGAAUGUUUUGGCCCUGCCCUUCGUGGUGAGGGUGGAGACGGGCUGCUGGCGGCGAUGGAGGAAGCCAUUAAAAUCUCUGAGGAUCCCUGCAGAGAUGGUCCCUCGCCCACCUCUGAUAGCAGCCACACGCUUAGUGACGUGAUCGAGGAUGACGAUGAAGAAGACGACACCAUCCACAUGGGAAAUGCUAUCAUGACCUUCUAUGCUGCUCUCAUUGACCUGCUGGGCCGCUGUGCUCCAGAGAUGCAUUUAAUCCAUGCUGGAAAGGGGGAGGCAAUCCGGAUCAGAGCUAUUCUGAGGUCUCUGAUUCCCAUAGAGGAUCUGGUGGGGGUCAUCAGCAUUCCGUUCUCCAUGCCCAGCCUGGGUAAAGAUGGGCUGGUGCUGGAGCCAGACAUGUCGGCAGGAUUUUGUCCUGACCAUAAAGCAGCCAUGGUUUUGUUCCUGGACCGAGUUUAUGGCAUUGAAGACCAGAACUUUCUGCUGCACCUGCUGGAAGUCGGUUUUCUUCCAGACCUGAGAGCUGCUGCUUCACUAGAUGCUGUUGCUUUGAGCUCCACGGACAUGGCACUCGCCCUCAACAGGUAUCUGUGCACAGCAGUGUUGGCUCUCCUCACUAAAUGUGCGGCACUGUUUGCUGGGACUGAGCCAUUCGCCUCACUGAUUGACUCGCUGCUCCACACCGUUUACCGCCUGUCCAAAGGCCGCUGCCUCACCAAAGCUCAGCGGGAUGCCAUUGAGGAGUGUCUACUGUCUGUUUGUGGGAAGCUGAGACCUUCAAUGAUGCAGCAUCUGCUCAGGAGGCUGGUGUUUGAUAUCCCGCUGCUUAAUGAACACACCAAGAUGCCUCUGAAGCUGCUGACCAAUCACUACGAUCGGUGCUGGAAGUACUACUGCCUUGCUGGUGGGUGGGGAAACUUUGGAGCAGCAUCUGAUGAAGAGCUUCACCUCUCCAGGAAGCUGUUCUGGGGAAUAUUCGAUGCUCUAUCAUGCAAACGCUACGACCAGGAGCUGUUUAAGCUGGCGUUACCGUGCCUUAGUGCUGUAGCUGGAGCUCUUCCUCCGGACUACAUGGAAUCAAGCUACAUGGCCCUGAUGGAGAAGCAGUCAUCAAUGGACUCUGCAGGAAACUUCACUCCACAACCUGCAGACACCACAAAUGUGACUGUUCCAGAGAAACUGGAAUAUUUCAUAAACAGAUAUGCUGAACAUAACCAUGAGAAGUGGUGUCUUGACAAGUUUUCCAGAGGCUGGUCACACGGUGAACAAAUCUGUGAAAUCAGCAGGAACCAUCCCUUACUGAAAGCAUACAAAGACCUCUCUGAAAAGGACAAGGAGGCUUACUGCUGGCCUGUACGAGAGUCUGUGAAGACCAUGUUGUCCUGGGGCUGGACCAUUGAAAGGAUCAGAGAAGGAGACCCCGCCAGUCUACACAACAAAUCACGCAGAAUAUCACAAAUUAGCCAGCUUUCCUUUGAAGGAUGUUCAGCUUUCAGCCCUCGGCCCAUUGACAUGAGCAAUGUCACAUUGUCCAGAGACAUGCAGUCUUUGGCAGAGCUGCUUGCAGAGAAUUAUCAUAAUAUCUGGGCCAGAAAGAAGAAACUGGAGCUGGAAGCUAAAGGUGGAGGAAAUCACCCCCUGCUUGUUCCCUACGACACACUGACUGCCAAAGAAAAAUCCAAAGACAGAGAGAAAGCACAAGACAUCCUCAAGUUCCUCCAGAUCAAUGGAUACACUGUGUCCAGAGGCGUAAAGUCUCAGGAACUGGACACUCCAGCCAUCGAGAAACGGUUUGCAUACACCUUCCUCCAACAGCUCAUCACGUAUGUGGACCAGGCCCACCAACACAUGUUGGAUUUUGACGUGGGACCAAGAACAAAGGGAGAGAAGAUUCCUCAUGAACAACAAAUCAAGUUCUUUGGAAAGGUUGUUUUACCCUUAGUGGAUCAGUACUUCAAAAACCACCGGCUCUACUUCCUGUCCACAGCCAUUCACCCAAUCAGCAGUGGUGGUCAUGCCUCCAACAAGGAAAAGGAGAUGGUGACCAGUCUCUUCUGCAAACUGGGAGUUCUCGUCAGACACAGGAUAUCUUUAUUUGGCAACAAUGCCACAUCCAUAGUCAACUGCCUUCAGAUCCUGGGACAAAGCCUGGAUGCUCGGACGGUGAUGAAAACUGGUCUGGAAUCAGUGAAGGCUGCACUCCAGUCAUACUUUGACAGUGUAGCCGAAGAUCUGGAGAAGACUCAGGAGAACCUGAACCUGGGCCAGUUCACCCACAGCAGGGAGCAGCCACGCGGGGUCACUCAGAUCAUCAACUACACCACCUUCGCUCUGCUGCCCGUCCUCUCAUCCCUGUUUGAACACAUCGGACAGCACACAUUUGGAGAAGACCUCAUAUUGGAUGAUGUCCAGGUUUCCUGCUACAGAAUCCUCAACAGCUUGUACUUUCUGGGAACCAACAAAAGCAUCCACGUAGACAGACAGCGUCCAGCAUUAGGAAAGUGUUUAGCUGCCUUCUCUGCAGCCUUCCCCGUUGCCUUCCUGGAGACUCACAUCAACAAGUUCAACAGCUUCUCCAUCUACAACAGCCAAGGACCUAAAGACAGAGCUGGUCUUCAAGGUGAGGUUGGUGAUGUUUGCCCCCUGAUCCCAAACUUAGUCAAGUUUUUGGAGGAGAUCACGGAGUUAGCAGAGUCUGGCGUCAGAUACACUCAGAUGCCCCACAUCAUGGAGGUGGUGUUGCCAAUGUUGUGCAGCUACAUGUCUCAUUGGUGGGAACACGGACCAGAGAACAACCCCGACAGGGCUGACAGCUGCUGCACCUCCGUCACGUCUGAACAUAUGAAUGCUCUCCUGGGGAAUAUUCUGAAGAUUAUCUACAACAACCUGGGAAUAGAUGAGGGAGCCUGGAUGAAGAGACUGGCUGUGUUCUCUCAGCCAAUCAUCAGCAAGGCCAACUCCCAGCUGCUGAAUACCCACUUCCUACCUUUGAUGGAGAAACUCAAGAAGAAAGCAGCAGUGGUGCUGAUGGAUGAGGAGCACAGUAAGGCAGAGGUGAGGGGUGAGAUGUCAGAGACGGAGCUCCUGAUCAUGGAUCAGUUCACCAUUUUGGUCAGAGACUUGUAUGCCUUCUACCCGCUUCUCAUACGAUUUGUUGAUUACAACAGAGCCAGGUGGUUGAAAGAGUCCAACCCACAGGCGGAGGAGCUGUUUCGCAUGGUGGCCGAGGUUUUCAUCUUCUGGGCGAAGUCCCAUAACUUCAAGAGAGAAGAACAGAACUUUGUGGUCCAGAAUGAGAUCAACAACAUGUCCUUCCUCAUCACUGACACCAAGUGUAAGAUGUCUAAGGGAAUUGCUUCAGACCAGGAGAGGAAGAAGAUGAAGAGAAAGGGAGAUCGUUACUCGAUGCAGACGAGUCUUAUUGUUGCUACUUUGAAACGUUUGCUGCCUGUUGGACUGAACAUGUGUGCCCCCGGAGAACAGGAACUCAUCACGCUGGCUAAGAACCGCUUCACCCAGAAGGAUACGGAGGCUGAGGUUCGAGAGAUCAUCAGCACCAACCUGCAUUUACAAGGGAAGCUUGAGGAUCCAGCGAUCCGUUGGCAGAUGGCUCUCUACAGGGAUCUGCCCAGCCACAGUGAGAGUACAUCAGACCCAGAGAAGACUGUGGACAGAGUGCUGGACAUUGCUCACGUGCUAUUCCACUUGGACCAGGUUGAACAUCCUCAGCGCAGUAAGAAGGCGGUGUGGCACAAACUGCUGUCCAAACAGAGGAAGCGUGCCGUGGUGGCUUGUUUCAGGAUGGCCCCGCUGUAUAACCUGCCCAGGCACCGGGCGGUGAACUUGUUCCUGCAGGGCUACAAGAACUCAUGGAUUGAGGCAGAGGAACAUUACUUUGAAGACAAACUCAUCGAGGAUCUCGCUAAACCAGGUGAUGAUGUCCCAUGUGAAGAGGAUGAAGGGCUCAAAGACAUCGAUCCGCUGCACCAGCUCAUACAGCUGUUCAGCAGAACGGCCCUCACUGAGAAGUGUAAAUUGGAUGAGGACAAUCUCUACAUGGCCUAUGCUGACAUCAUGGCUAAGAGCUGCCAUGAUGAAGAAGAUGAGGUUGGAGAGGAGGUGAAGAGUUUUGAGGAGAAGGAAAUGGAGAAGCAGAAGCUUUUGUAUCAGCAGGCUCGGCUUCACGAUCGUGGAGCUGCUGAGAUGGUGCUGCAAACCAUCAGUGCCAGCAAAGGUGAGAUGGGUCUCAUGGUGGCCUCGACCCUGAAGCUUGGCAUUGCCAUCCUUAAUGGUGGAAACUCGACUGUACAGCAGAAAAUGCUGGAUUAUCUUAAAGACAAGAAGGAUGUGGGCUUUUUUCAGAGUCUGGCUGGCCUGAUGCAGUCUUGCAGUGUUCUGGAUUUGAAUGCAUUUGAAAGGCAGAACAAAGCAGAGGGAUUGGGGAUGGUGACAGAAGAAGGAUCAGUCAUCAGUCAUGGGCGUGGUGAGAAGGUCAUGCAGGAUGAUGAGUUCACCUGUGACCUUUUCCGCUUCCUGCAGCUGCUGUGUGAAGGACACAACUCAGACUUCCAGAACUACCUGAGGACUCAAACAGGGAACAAUACGACGGUGAACAUCAUUAUCUCUACUGUUGACUACCUUCUGAGAGUGCAGGAAUCUAUCAGUGAUUUCUACUGGUAUUACUCAGGAAAAGAGGUCAUCGACGAGCAGGGCCAGAGGAAUUUCUCCAAAGCGAUAAAUGUGGCCAAGCAGGUGUUUAACACGCUUACUGAGUACAUCCAGGGUCCGUGCACCGGCAACCAGCAGAGUUUGGCUCACAGUCGUCUGUGGGACGCGGUGGUUGGUUUUCUCCACGUCUUUGCUCACAUGCAGAUGAAGUUGUCUCAGGACUCCAGUCAAAUAGAGCUGCUGAAGGAGCUGAUGGAUCUGCAGAAAGACAUGGUGGUCAUGCUGCUGUCCAUGCUGGAAGGAAACGUGGUGAACGGAACCAUUGGGAAGCAGAUGGUGGACAUGUUGGUGGAGUCAUCCAACAAUGUAGAGAUGAUCUUAAAAUUCUUUGACAUGUUCCUCAAACUGAAAGAUCUCACCUCUUCAGAGGCUUUCAAGGAGUAUGACCCUGAUGGAAAAGGUGUCAUCUCUAAGCGGGACUUCCAUAAGGCUAUGGAGAGCCAUAAGCACUACACCCAGUCUGAGACUGACUUCCUGCUCUCCUGUGCUGAGACCGAUGAAAACGAACUGCUCGACUAUGAAGAGUUUGUGGAACGCUUUCAUGAGCCAGCUAAGGAUAUUGGUUUUAACGUAGCGGUUCUCCUGACCAACCUGUCAGAGCACAUGCCUCAUGACACCCGCCUGCAGACCUUCUUGGAGCUGGCGGACAGCGUUCUCAACUAUUUCCAACCCUACCUUGGUAGGAUCGAGAUCAUGGGCAGUGCCAAACGCAUCGAGAGGGUGUACUUUGAGAUCAGUGAGUCCAGUCGAACGCAGUGGGAGAAACCUCAGGUCAAAGAAUCCAAGCGUCAGUUCAUCUUUGAUGUUGUGAAUGAGGGAGGAGAGAAGGAGAAGAUGGAGCUGUUUGUGAAUUUCUGUGAGGACACCAUCUUUGAAAUGCAGCUGGCAGCUCAGAUGUCAGACGCUGGCGAACGCUCGGUGAUGAAAGAAGAAAGUGAGCGGGACAAACCGGACGACAACCCUGAGAUGGGCUUCUUCUCCAUCACGACUGUCUGGAUGGCCAUGCUGGCUCUCAGAUAUAAUGUCAUGCUGCUGGUGAAGGUGCUGUCCUUGAAGAGCCUGAAGAAGCAGAUGAAGAAGGUGAAGAACAUGACAGUAAAGGACAUCGUGACCACCCUGUUGUCCUGUUACUGGUCACUCUUACUCGGGCUCCUCCAUGUGAUCUUCAGCGUGGCCCGGGGGUUUUGUCGGAUCUUCUCCAGCACAUUUAUGGGAGGGAAUCUGGUGGAGGGGGCCAAGACGAUAAAGGUCUCUGAGCUGCUGGCAAACAUGCCUGAUCCAACCCAAGAUGAAGUACGUGGUGAAGGGGAAGAAAGAGAAAAAAGACCUUCUGACCGUAGCUCAGCCAAAGAAGACCUCGCAGACUUGGCAGUCAACACAAGUGACACAGAGCUGCUGUCUGACAUUUUUGGUCUGGACUUAAGGAGGGAAGGGGGCCAGUACAAAAUCACCCCCCACAACCCUAAUGCAAGUCUGACCGAACUGCUGAACUAUCCAGUUCCCUCUCCGAGCCCUUCAACUCCAUCUACAGCACCCCCACCUGAGCUCAGACAGAGGCAUCAGGUGUCUUCCUCAGAGAAGAAGGAAGCAGAAGAAGAAAAAGGAUGUGAAGGUCAGCACACAUCAGGGGACGGACACAAAAACACAACAGAAAAGCAAGAGAAGAAUGACAAACUGAAGCCCAAAGCCAGACGCCAUCACACCUCAAGGUCUGAAGAAUCAGACCUGCAGGAGUCUGCCUUCUGGAAAAAGAUCCUGGCCUACCAGAGGAAGUUACUGAACUACUUUGCCAGGAACUUCUACAACAUGAGGAUGCUGGCGCUGUUUGUUGCCUUCGCCAUAAACUUCAUCCUCCUCUUCUAUAAGGUGUCUACAUCCUCAGCUGUGGUAGAGGACAGAGGCGUGGCCUAUCCCAGGAGCCAGCCAGUAAACAGUGUACAGUGGGAUCCGGUGGGUGGAGAAUCACUGUUGGAGACAAAAGAAGAGGUGAUGGGUGAAACCAGUGAGCCACUCAAGCCUGUCUUAGUCCGUUUCGUCCUCGAAGAAAGCAGCGGAUACAUGGAGCCGAUGCUCCGGAUUCUGGCUGUCCUUCACACAGUCAUCUCUUUCUUCUGCAUCAUUGGAUACUACUGUCUCAAGGUACCAUUGGUGAUCUUUAAGCGUGAAAAGGAGGUGGCCAGGAAACUGGAGUUUGAUGGUCUUUACAUCACAGAACAGCCAUCUGAGGAUGACAUAAAAGGACAGUGGGACAGACUCGUAAUCAACACACAAUCUUUUCCAAACAACUACUGGGACAAGUUUGUGAAGAGAAAGGUGAUGGAUAAAUACGGUGAGUUCUACGGCCAUGAUCGUAUCAGUGAGCUGCUGGGAAUGGACAAGGCCGCUCUGGACUUUAGCAACGCGCACAAGAAGAGGAAGCCGAGGAGAGACAGUUCGCUGACUGCCGUGCUAAACUCCAUUGAUGUCAAGUACCAGAUGUGGAAGCUGGGCGUGGUGUUCACAGAUAAUUCCUUCCUCUAUCUGGCUUGGUACAUGACCAUGUCCAUCCUGGGUCACUACAACAACUUCUUCUUUGCUGCUCAUCUGUUGGACAUCGCCAUGGGUUUCAAGACGCUUCGCACCAUCCUGUCCUCCGUCACACACAAUGGAAAACAGCUGGUGCUGACGGUAGGCCUGCUGGCUGUGGUGGUUUACCUCUACACGGUCGUCGCCUUCAACUUUUUCAGGAAGUUCUACAACAAGAGUGAAGAUGGAGAGCUGCCAGACAUGAAGUGUGAUGACAUGCUGACAUGUUAUAUGUUUCAUAUGUAUGUGGGCGUUCGAGCAGGCGGCGGAAUCGGGGACCAAAUUGAAGAUCCAGCGGGUGAUGAAUAUGAGAUCUAUCGCAUCAUCUUUGACAUCACCUUCUUCUUCUUUGUCAUUGUCAUCCUCCUGGCCAUCAUCCAGGGUUUGAUCAUUGAUGCUUUUGGGGAGCUGAGGGACCAGCAGGAGCAGGUCAAAGAAGACAUGGAGACCAAGUGUUUUAUCUGUGGAAUCGGAAACGACUACUUUGACACAGUGCCACAUGGCUUUGAAACGCACACACUCCAGGAGCACAACUUGGCCAACUAUCUAUUCUUUGUGAUGUAUCUCAUUAACAAAGAUGAAACGGAGCACACAGGACAGGAGUCCUACGUAUGGAAGAUGUACCAGGAGCGCUGCUGGGAGUUUUUUCCUGCCGGGGACUGUUUCCGAAAACAGUACGAGGAUCAGCUCAACUGACCUUAUCUCGGAAUGCCGUGCUCUUCUCUUUCAUAAAUGCUGUUCAACAGAUUUCCUGUCCUUCAAAGCUUUCAGCAUCAUCAACCAGAAUUCCAGUCACAAUCCCAGCCUCCUCUACAGGUCAAAGUCCAGAUUUUGAUCAGACCUCUACCCUGCUGGCUUUGAUUCAACAUCUUCAGCACAUUUUGCGCAGAAUGCUUUUAAAACUUUGUACAUAGAGUUGUCUGUUGUCUGUGCCUGGUGGCUGAUUUUGGCUCAGAAGAUAUUUUUGCGUAUUC